AUGAGAUGUAUAUCUUCCCUUGUCAGCAUAAUUACAUGACAAAGUGGAGCAGGAAACUGUUGGGCAAAAGGUCAUUACACGGAGGGUGCCGAGCUAGUGGAUAGCGUUUUGGAUGUGGUCAGAAAGGAAGCUGAAUCGUGUGAUUGCCUCCAGGGCUUUCAAAUGACACAUUCACUUGGUGGUGGCACUGGUUCAGGUAUGGGCACUUUGCUCAUAUCGAAAAUUCGCGAGGAAUAUCCGGAUCGCAUCAUGAACACAUUCUCAGUGAUGCCCUCUCCUAAGGUAUCAGAUCAGUAUUCAUUGCCUAACAUUCUCGCCUCCCCUUUAUGUUUCACAAAAAUUGCUUACAUAUUCAUGAUCAGCUCGAGGAGCUCUACAAUAUGA